AUGCUUAGCAGAGGAGGCUGCGUUUUGAUAUUGGAUCAAUGGAAGCAGGGAGAGUGCGGAAACGACGGCGUUUCAAGUAAGCUGAAGGGGUUUGAAAAGGAAUUUGGGCUGAGUUAUAGGAAUACGCGGGCGUGGGGCGUCAAAAAAGAGAUUUUGAAAGGAAGAAUGAUUACUCCUCGCCUAUUUCUUGUCUGCAUCAUCCUCUUCUCUUUGGCAACUGCGACACCGGUUUCAGCAUUUAUGUCUUGGUUUAGGAAGCGUCCCAGGCAAAACGUGACAGUGAUCAACGAAAUCGAGGAAGGAGUACCCAUGGAGACUAAUUGCAAGACAUUAUUCAAUGAUAAAGGCUUGAUCAAUAUCACUUACGGAGGAUCUUUUUCUUGGGAUUUUGUUCCUGAUGUAUGGGGGACAUCAUCUUAUUGGUGCAAAUUUACUUGGAAUGAUACAAUCUCUAAAGAAGAAGUUUCAGCCAUCCUCUUGGUUUUUGAUGCAAUGAAAGGGGAUGAAAGGUCUUGUGCUCCAGAAUGUAGGUGGACGAUCACAUCAAAGGGAUACAGAUUCUGGGAUGGAUUCCUGACUUGGGGAACAUACUCUGAGAGAAGGUUGAAAUAA